CAGCGAGGGAGCCGCGACCAGGGGCUCUGUUAGGGAUCUCUCUACGCACGCCAUGCUUAUCGCCCUGUAGUUUUUCCUUCCUCCUCCUGCUCGGUUAGGAGUCUACACGUUUUCCCCAAACAAUUGUGGCAGUUUUUGGCCAUCGGUACAGGCAGAAUCCCGAGUGCAGUUUCGGUUCGAGAUAUGUGUGAGGGAGCUGGAGAUAUGUGUCAGAGCUUGUUACUCAAGCUAAAUUAGGUAAUUUUUAGCUGGGUAAUGUGCUAAUCUUUAAACCUUUAUGUUUUUAAAUCCUAUGUAUGUCUGGGCUCUUCAUACAAAAGUGUAUUUUGCUUGUUUCUUCUCGUCGUCUUCAGUCUGAAGCCUUAUGUAGGUCAGGCUUGGCUUAAGCAGAUUUCCUGAACCUGCGUCAGCUUAAGCUGAAGGAAUUUUAAUAAACCCUCCCUUGUAGGCGUGGGCCUAAAUGAGACUAGCCUAGUUAAGCCUGAUCUUUUUCUGUUUGUGAAAAAGAGCUGAGCAGAGCUAGGGACUGCAUGGUGGCUUCAGGAACUGCUUCCUUAAUUCAAAGAUAACAAUGGUUGGGAAGGCCAGAUCUUCUAAUUUUACCUUAUCUGAAAAGCUUGAUUUGCUAAAACUCGUGAAGCCGUAUGUUCAAAUUCUUGAAGAGCAUACCAAUAAGCAUUCCGUAAUAGUGGAAAAAAACAAAUGCUGGGAUAUCAUAGCUGAUAACUACAAUGCCAUCGGAGUAGAUCGCCCUCCUCGCACUGCACAGGGCCUGCGCACGCUGUACAAGAGGCUCAAAGAAUAUGCCAAACAGGAGCUAUUGCAGCAAAAGGAGACUUAUUCAGACUAUAAAAGCAGCAUUUCCGAGCCAACCAAGAAAGUUGUGGAGAUGAUUCCACAGAUUUCCAAUGUGUGUUUAAGAGAAAGGAGCAUUUCACAAAGUGCUGUUAUCAGUAAAGAAACAAUUGCUGGUACCAGUUCACCACAGGCAGUGUUGGAUCACCAUCCUGCGACAGUCAUGAUGGAGUUGCAAUUGGAAGAGGAUGUCAAACCGCCUCCCUCUUUGGUUAUAGAUUCACAGCAAAGUGAGAACUUAGGACAAGAGGAAGAACACCAGUUGGUGCAUGUUAUGGAAAGGUCUCCUUCGACAUCAGUAUCUUCAGUUGAUAUGAGAGUGAUGAUGUCUCCUUCUCCUAUUCCAAGAAGAGAUGAGCUUUUUAGGCUUGAGGUUGGAGAACGCUUUAGACCAAUGUGUGGGUAUGACCCACAGAUGUUGCAAAUGCUGAAAGAAGAGCAUCAAAUCAUUUUAGAAAAUCAAAGAAGAAUUGGGCUUUAUGUCCAGGAAAAAAGGGAUGGUUUGAAAAGAAAGCAGCAGCUGGAAGAGGAACUAUUGCGAGCGAAAAUCAAAGUAGAGAAGCUGAAGGCAAUACAACUACGGUGUGGUCUACCAGAAUACAGCAAUAUCUAAAUAUUUUAUUACUUCUGUCAAAUUCUUUGAAAUACUUAAUAAUAAAUGCUUUUGCCCUAGCAAAAUUGUUUCUUAUGUUAAAGAAGAAUUGUUUCUUAUGUCAAAAUCUGGUCUUGAGAGAUGAAAGCAUAUUUUCCACUUUGUUGUUUAAGUACCUUAAUGAAAACGUCUUGUACAGGUUUGAAUCCACUGACUCUUCUGAAGUAUAAUCAAAUCCUGUAGCUCUAACUGUUUAGGAUGAUAAAAAUCCCAAUGUUUUGAAUAUUUUCACUUAUUCCUAGUAAAGUUAUAAUGAGCUAAUGGAAAUUUAGUCCAGCUCUUCUUAAAAAUUUUGAUCAUAUGCAUAAUUUUUUUCAAAUAAAUGCCUAUCCUCUAAUAAUCUUUAUGAAGUUACAGGUUAAUAAAUAUAUAUAAAAAGGAAGUGUUAGAGGCUAUGUUUAAGUAUCUUUCGUAUUCAUUUCAAGUUGGUAAAUCUCAUGACAGUGGUGAGAUUUUGCUGAUAUGUCAGCUUGGAAAAAAAUUACUGGAUUGUUAUAUUUUUUUAAUGUUCCGUAGACAGUUGAAUAAAUGUACAUCUUUUAAAAAGUUAAUGCUAUUUUUUUUGUUUUCAGUGGAUGAGUGUUUCCAUAAGACAUUAUCAAAGUAGAUACAAUGAAUGCAACACUUCAGGUUUUUAAAACUGCAUGCAUGUGCGAUUUGUGUAUCGUUACCAUGAUCGUAUAUUGAGUUAUAGCAAUUACACUGGUGAGCAACCACAAAAAUGUCUGAUUUGCUCAUUUGCAUGCAUAAUUACUACAGUGCAUGUGCAACCAAGACAGUUGCAGAUGCCUUUGAUCAAUAUGACUAUAAGCUACCAAAAUGAAUUAGUUUCUGUAUGUUAACGUGACUUGAAAUCAACAGAAGAUUCUUUGUUAUUCUGGGUAUCUUUUAUAAAUGCUGUUGUUCUGGUCUUUUGAUGAGUUUCAAAUAAAAAGCCCAAAAUGAAAAAGAAAUAGAUUCUUCUGUCUGUCCCAUUAACAGCCCUUUCCUAUGCUGUUAUGAUCAACAUUCAUGAACUGGAAGCAAAAUACCUGGAAAGCACAAGUCCUAGACUAUUCACUUCCUCAUAACUCUUAGUCUCUUGUCUGUUAUGAAUAGAUCCACAACUGCCUUAGACCUCUGGCUCCUUAUUCCCUCAACAGUAUUUUCUCCUUCCUCUAGCCUUUAGCACAGAAAAGGAAAUUAAGCAUAAAGAGAGAACUGUGUCCUAUCUUGGACAGCCCCAACAACAGAAAAAGCAAAACCAAUAGGAGGGAGAAUAUUUCUUCCUGUGGUUUCUUGUUCACUCCUGUCACCACUCUGUCCCAAAUUUGCUGCUUUGUCCAUCCCCACAGAACCUCAGCACAUGAGCACGGGGCAUUGGUCUACCUGAGCAAGCUCUUAGAAAAAGGUAAGCCGUGCUGUUUCUUGUCAGGCUCCUGACUGAAUUGGAUUGCCUUUGUGACCACAGGGAUAAAUGCUUAUUAAAAA